GUCCAAUUGUGACGUACCUGGUCAUGGACACCAGUAUCGCCACUUCCGUUCUUCCUUGGACCAUGAAACUUGCUUUUCUAUUCGCGUUUAUCGCUACCGCCGCCGGCAAGACCUACCGAUGUUUGGAAGGGAAGGACUUCCGGUUUCACGGGGACAUCAGCCACGUCGUCGGCGGCACUCCCGAGGCCUGCCAGCAGGCGUGCACCCAGACCCCAGGUUGCAACGCAGUGGCCACGGCGCUCUUUGACGGCAACUGCUACCUCAAGACCUUGAGCCAAGAGAGCCAGUCGCAUUUGAUCGACAAGGCCGACGUCAUCACAUGCAUCGACUCGGCGCUGGCACCUGGUGUCGGUGGCGCCGCCACCAAAGAGAGCUUUCGUGUUUCGUCUAAUGAUGAUGACGAUGAUGCCUUGUUUGAUGUCGACGACGAAGCGGAUGCUGAUGUGUUUUACGACCAAGACCAACGGGACGUGCCGGACAGUGUCGCAGAUUCGCUAUAUGCCGACGACGAUGGCGCGUUCUACUAUGACAGCGAUUUCGACGACGAAUCCGAUGUGGUCGGCCAUCACGCCAAGUCGGGUGACGACGAUGACGACGAUGACGAUGACGACGAUGACGACGAUGACGACGAUGAUGACGAUGACGACGAUGACGACGAUGACGAUGACGACUAUGUCCAGUAG